AUCAGAAACUGGUUCCAGAACAGACGGAUGAAGCUGAAGAGGACGGUGCAGGACGCCCUGGCUCACGCCUGCCAAGCAAACGUGGCCUCUCAGUUCAUGCAUUACCCCGAGCUGCAGGCCUACAGACCGGGACCCUACCCCAGAUACCACUCAGCGGCGGCGGCGGCGGCGGCGGCGGCGGCGGCGGCGGCUCAGGACGCCCCGGCCGCCUCCUACAUCCAUCCUCACAGCCUGCAGUACAGCUCGGCUCUGCCCAGCGUCCCCUCGCUGCCCCUGGACUCCCUCUACCAGUACGGCAGCCUCCCAGGAGUCGUGCUGCCCUCCGCCGCCGCUCCGCUCGUGGCGUCCUACCAGACCUACCCUCAGUACUACUGACGCUCAGCAUGUGUAUUACUGUACUCUGAACUGUGAUAUUUUGUCAGACAAAAUGAGAUUGUAUUGAUUUAUUAUUUUUCUUAUCCUAAAAGGAUGAAAGCUGCCAAAAAUCUGAGAGUCGCUGCUGUGAAUCCAACAGGGUGGUGUGCAAUACUGAGAUUUGUGUGUGUGAAUCUGCUUUUAUGGAUGUAUAGUUUGGAAAUAUUUAAAGUUGAAUCUAUGAAGUGUUUUAUUUGAUUUAUGUUUGUUAUGUCACUGUGAAAUCCCAUCGUUAAAAUAAAAUCAGUAUUAAAACUUGA